UCACAAAGAAAAGAGCACAAAAGUCGAAAAUGUUGGGAAGAAUUGCGAAGAGAUGCACUCUGACCUUUUCUUUUAACGUUGCUGUCUUUCGUCUUGGUCUUUCUUCUUCCGCGUUUCUUUUCCUCUCUUUGCCUUUUUCUUUAUUAUGAUUUAUGGGUACUCACGAAAACCGCGUUUCUCGAGAAAACUUUUCUACCCUCUUAUCUCAAUUUCCACACCAUUAAAAGUCUAUGCGUCAAUUUCAAAACUGAAAAACCCUAAUGGCACUUGAGUUCAUGCAAAUCCUCAGGAAACUAAAGACAAAAGAAAUAAGUAGUACUCUUGUACCUUCCAAUCUUUAAUGGUCUGUGGAACGCGAACCCUGUCGUAGUGGUAAUGGCUGAGCACGGUGAAGAGAAGCUUUUAGCUGUAGCGCGCCACAUAGCCAAAACGCUGGGCCAUAAUGAUUCGACGGCCGAUGAUAUUCUCCAGAUUUUCUCCAACUUUGACGGCAGAUUUUCGCGUGACAAGUUGUCGGAGAAGAUGGGUGAUGGGGACCCUAGAAGCUGCGCUGCACUGGAACACACUCUGAAGUCUCUUGACCGUCAGAUCUCCCAGUACGUGGCGGCAGAUCAGCCCAUCUGGGCGGAUUCCGUCGAUGCCGGAGCGUUCCUCGACGCCGUCGACGAAUUAAUCGCCACCCUCAGGGAGUGGCAUCCGAUGACUGGGGAAAAAUCCGUGGCCGCGUGUUUGGAUCGCGCCGAGGAUUUGUUGCAGCAGGCGAUGUUUCGCGUUGAGGAUGAGUUCAGGUCGUUGAUGGAACGGGGUGGCGAGUCGUUCGAGCUGAGUCGACCCUUAGGACCUGGCGAGUCAGCUGGUAACUACCUGUUCGAUUCAGAGGAUGAAGACGACGACGGAGGAAUGAUCGGAUGCGGCGACGACCACCAGAUCCCCAUCGCGCACCCGAUCUCCGAUUAUGAUAUCCUGAUCGACGCUUUACCGUCGGUCACGAUCAACGAUCUGCACGAGAUCGCGAAACGAAUGGUUGCAGCAGGGUUCGGGAAGGAGUGUUCGCAUGUUUACAGUAGCUGCAGAAGAGAGUUCUUGGAGGAAAGCAUUUCUAGGUUAGGGUUACAGAAGCUGAGCAUCGAAGAAAUUCAGAAAAUGGCGUGGUGUGAUCUCGAGGACCAAAUCGAGCGGUGGACCAAGGCCGCGACCGUGGCGCUUCGGAUUCUUUUCCCCAGCGAACGGCGUCUCUGCGAUCGAGUCUUCUUCGGCUUCUCCUCCGCAGCCAAUCUCUCCUUCAUGGAGGUAUGCCGUGGUUCCACAAUUCAGCUGUUAAAUUUUGCUGACGCCGUGGCAAUCGGCAGCCGAUCGCCAGAACGGUUGUUCAAAGUCCUUGACGUGUUUGAAACUCUGAGAGACUUAAUGCCUGAGUUUGAAGCCGUGUUCUCCGAUCAGUACUGUUUGUUGCUUAGAAACGAAGCAAUUACUAUCUGGAGAAGGUUAGGAGAAGCGAUCAGAGGAAUAUUAAUGGAAUUAGAGAAUCUAAUCCGGCGGGACCCUGCAAAAUCGGAGGUUCCCGGCGGUGGCCUUCAUCCCAUCACCCGCUAUGUGAUGAACUACCUCCGAGCAGCUUGCCGCUCCCGACAAACUCUGGAGCAAGUCUUCAAUGAAAGCAUCGAUGAUCGAACAUCAUCUUCCUCAUUAUCAGUUCAAAUGGCUUGGAUAAUGGAGCUGUUGGAGAGCAAUCUGGAGGUGAAAUCGAGGAUUUACAGAGACCCUGCCUUGUGCUCUGUUUUCAUGAUGAAUAAUGGAAAAUACAUUGUUCAAAAGGUUAAAGACAGUGAACUGGGAUUGCUCUUAGGCGACGAUUGGAUCCGGAAACACACUGCAAAAAUCCGACAAUAUCAAGUGAACUAUCAAAGAAGCUCAUGGAAUAAGGUUUUGGCAGUGUUGAAGGCAGACAAUACCUCACUGGCUCCAAACCCCUCAUUGAACACCAUGAGGGAGAGGCUCAAGUUAUUCAACUUGCAUUUUGAUGAGACCUGCAGGGCUCAAUCUACCUGGUUCAUUUUCGAUGAACAGCUCAGAGAGGAGCUGAGGAUUUCAGUGGUCGAGAACUUGUCUCAGGUCUACCGCAACUUCCUUGGAAGGCUCCAGAGUGUUCCAGAAGCCGGGAAGCAUCCGGAGAAGCUUAUCAAGUACUCUGUGGAAGAAAUUGGAGCUCGGGUUAACGGCUUGUUUCAGAGAGUUGGUGGUGGUGGUGGUGGAGGAAAGUGAAGCCAAGACAGUGAUCAUAGUGUUGUAUGGAUGAAUUGAUGUAACGUAUUGUAUUAGCUUAGUCUAAGCUUACACGAAAUCUUUCAGUAUAUGGAUGUAAUCACAGCCAUUUCUCUUUGUGUGCAAUCUUUACUUGAAAUGAAGAAAUUUGAAACUGGUUUCAAGGAA